AUGCCCUUAGAUCCAGCAGCCAAAACUGAGCUGGAAGAAGCAGUUGCGGAUGCUAACCGGAUUGGGAUUGUGGUUGGGGUGCAGAAGCUUUUGGCCAAACUUAGCUCUUUGGGCCUUCUCCGAAGUCAGCAGAUCGCGCCUCAAUUUGUAGGGACGCACCCAGCAAAUCGAGAUGGUUUUGGCAUCUCAGCAACCCACACCCACGGGUUGCUGGACGACCUAUGCACAGUGGGUUUUGACCACAAGCAGAUCGAUGGCAUCUGCGUGGAUGUGGCGUCUGAUGAGGUGUACAACUUCAACCAUCGGCUAUCCGAAGCAAGUGGUGGGGCCUUGCCGCCAAUCCCAAAACAACAGCUUCGGCAUGCAUCCCUAUCCGCCAGUCAUACCAAUGCUGCUUUGCGCUGCAUCGUGGCAGGCACCCCGCACGAUUCAUCAAGCCCUUUAGUUGUUCAAGGGAAGCUCAACUUGGAGCAGGUCAAGCAAGUUGACGUCGCCAUGUAUGAAGCCGCUACCAAGGGGCUGACGUGGAGGGUCAUUUCGGCAGAUGCUAUGGAUGUCAAGGGCUUGGGUGACAUCAUCCAAGCUGGAUGCAACGCUUCUGCGCAAUUGGCCAGAGGGGAGUCUGAGUUUCAGAUCCUGAAGAGGGUGAUGAACUCGAUCAAUGCACAUGGGGGUGUGGGGAAACAGAUCCUUUUCAGCUCCGUCAAGCAGGCGAUCAUGAAAACCAAACCGCAGUGUCACGAAGCGAUACCAGAAAUGUUUACAUUUCUGGUUCGCUAUGGUUCUACCACAAGUCUGCAAGAACGAAUCACGCAAACGGAGGCGCGAAUCAAGGCUUCCAAGGAUGGGCCCAGGAGUCUGGGGCGUGAUUCCUAUCAGAACUUGUCCAUGGAUCCUAAAGACACCAAACAAGAGACCUUCGUGAUGUUCAGGCAUGCCCUUUUGAGUCUGGCAUAUUCUGGGAAAGAUAGGAAGAUGAUCGGGGCAGCAGAUGCGAGAAAGGUUGUAUCCAAGGACCCCGUCAUUUUGACAAAACUCCAGUUGUGCCAGAAUAUCAUGAAAAGACUUCGCAACCACUUCUCAUCCAAGCUUGACUUCUCCAAGUUGGACCGUGAGGUCGCAGUGGGGUGCAAAGAGCUAUUGCAUGAAUUUGAAGAUACAUGCGUUCUUCUGGCCUUGGACAAGAAGGUUGGAGUCAAGAGCAAUGAGGAGGCUGCAUGUCUCUUUGUAGAUAAGAUUGAGGAGCUUACCCAAAUCAAACUUACCAGUGACUAUGAUUCGUUUCGCCCCACUGUUGUGCCCACGGUUAAAGGGAUUGGAGUUCUGUGGAAUUCUGUUGUUCUCAUGUCAACGCAGUUUGGAUCAGCGGUAACUCUGACCAGUGGUAGCACCUGCCCCAAUGCAAGGAUCAGAGAUGUUGACGAUGAUGGCAAGGUGAGCGAGGAGGUUUCCUUGGUGCGAGAGUUGGGGUUUGAGGUGGGGCAGGCAGUGAUGAGAAAGCAGGACAAGAUCAAGGGAACCAUUGAGGCGAUGGCUGGCGACAAGAUCACUAUCAAUGUAGAUGACGGCCCCAUCACGGGUCGAGCCCAUGUGUCAACCGAAGGUUUCCGGAAAGGUCAGUGGAAGAUAUUCAAAACAAAACCAGAACCGCCUCUUGAGGUCCUUGAUUGCUCGCUGUAUUCAGCGCUGGCAUCUGAGGAAUUCAAGAUCUGUGUCACGAAGGGUCAAAUUUUUAAGACUCUUCUUGACAUGGAAGAGAAACACAAGAGGGUUCUCGCAUGCGUCAAAAUGACAUUGAAACCACACAGGGAUGUCAUUGCACUCAAGGCCUUUCCUGUUGGUAAACUGUGCCUUGUGCCUUGCAGCACGAAGAUUGAAACUCGUGACAAAUUAGCUGCAGGGUCGGUAUCUUUGGGAACCAUCAAUGGUACCAUGUUCCAGGUGGGUUCAUGUUUCGUUGGCCCCGACAAAGAUCAAAAUUUUGACAAGGCAUUUCUCCAGCCCUUUUGGUCCGUACGGGUCACACACGACCCUGACAAGGCCAAUGUAUCAAUUGAACCGCAAUUUGAUUUGGCUACAAAUAAUCCAAAUUUCACAAUUCCUGUGAUGCGAAACAUCAAAGAGUUAGCAGCUAACGACGUGCUGCUACGGUAUGUCCAGAAGGACAAGCCAGAGGUCCAAGUGGAACCAUUGGUUCCGGAACCCAAACGUCGACGUAUAGGAAAGGGUAGUUGA